UCUUCGCUGAGCCGAUAAGUCCCUCUUUAUUCCCCGCCUGCCGCCAUAAAAGCGCCGGUGUGCGACCGCGCGGAGUGAUCUGACAGACGGGCUACACCCAGCCGCAGCCGCACUAGUGCCCCGGCUUUCUUUGCCACCCCAGCCUCGACGUGCCCAUCGUCCAAGUGUGGGUGACAUCCGAGGCUCUCCAUUCGUCCAGCGGGGCUUAUUCAAACAAAUAUCCGACAACAUCCUAGCCAUUUUUUUUGUAUCCGCUUUUCCUCAACAUGUCUUGGCAGAGCUACGUGGACAACCUGAUGGCCGAUGGCAGCUGUCAGGACAGCGCCAUUGUUGGCUAUGUGGACGCCAAAUACGUUUGGGCAGCACAUGCCGGUGGUGUUUUCAACAAUAUCACGUCCCAGGAAAUUGAUAUCCUCAUCGGGAAAGAUAGAGAGACCUUUUACACCUAUGGUCUCACUCUGGGCUCAAAGAAGUGUUCAGUCCUCAGAGACAGCCUCCAGGAUGACGGUGACUGGACAAUGGACAUCAGGACGAAGAGCCAAGGAGGAGAGCCUACAUACAAUAUCUCUGUGGGACGAGCCGGAAAAGGGGGACAAGACGGGACUGCCAACGGAUCAGCCACUUACAGCGCUCCUUAAAAAGUUUUGGUUCUUGUAAUGGGCAAAGAAGGGGUCCAUGGAGGCGGCUUGAAUAAGAAGGCUUACUCAAUGGCAAAAUACUUGAGGGAUUCGGGCUUUUAAUGUUUCCAGGCUCAUUUAGGUAAAAAUUGAGGGACAAAAAGAAGAGAAAAAGAAAUAUUUGCUGUUAAGAUUUCCCCUGCAAAUGUCAUGGAAACCUUUUUUAAUAGCAUUGACGAGUGGUAAGAUCCUGACAACUGGUCCUCGCCCUCCAUCUCAUUGGGGCGGGGACUCUUUCAGUUUUGUUCAUUUUCUCUAUUUUUUUUCCUUAUGUGCCGCAGCAUUGGUUAUAGUCAUGGGAAAGGAGGCGGUCCAUGGUGGAAAUCUUAACAAGAAAGCACAUAAUAUGGCGGAGUUCCUGAGGAGGGCUGGGUAUUAAGCAACCUCACCCAUCCGUCAACUUAACCGCUCACUCCAACUCACAUUGUGUUGACACUACUUCCAGGAUUAAAGGACAAACAUUUCUUCCUACCCCGCUCCGUUUUAUACACAGCCCACGACCUCCUUCCUCUACACCAAUGUUGUACUUGACUUUAUUUUGACACUACAGUAAUGGCAUGUUCAAUAAAAUGGUUUAAAUGUUCAUACACCAAAGGAGCGUCCAAAAGCAAGAGAGAAAAAAAGACCACUAAGUGAAAUAAAGAUUUGAAUCUGCCUUGUAUAAAAUCUGCUUUGCUAAUAUCUCAUUUUAAAAGGCUCGGCCCCAUUUAUCAGCAUGUCUGCAUUGAAAAGUUGCAUGCAUCUCUGCUUCGUCGUAGUCCUCCCAGCCUCCAACUAAAAUAAACAAAAGAAACCCCAA